AUGAAUAUUAAGAUACCUGUACAGAAGAGACGUUCAGUUAAGCCACCUGAGUUAGAAAAAGCAGAUAAGGAAAUGUCAAAGGCUUUUAAUACGUUAAACCAGGCUAUUCUCAAUAAAGGCCAACAAAAUAAAAUAGAGGACGACUGCGACUUGUAUGGGAGGCUUCUUGCUAACAAGCUCAGAAAAUAUUCAGAUAAUGAGAGACAAGAAAUAAUGUACGAUAUUGAUGGAUUACUAUUAAAACGGCGUCGCAAUUGUAGUCCUCAGUACGUGUCUUCACCUUCUCAAAUCAUUAUAAGUAAACGUCCGUCAUCUUCAGCUACCAGUUAUUCUUGUCCAUCACCGUCGUCACUUUGGAUCAAUUCCCCCCCCUCAUCAUCAACGUCUUCAAAUUAUUCUCAAUAUAAAAGCCAAAUCCCUUCUCCGCAAACUUAUAUAAUUACUUCUCCUAUUCCACCUACGCAAACUCCAUCCCCUCCUCCACAUACUGAACUCCCUAUUGCCUCAUGCACACAAAAAGAAAUUUAUCAAUCCCCCAACAGAAUCCAUACACCUGGCCCUACGAUCCAUAUACCUGAGGAUUCCAUGCAAUUAACUUCUGACGAAUUGUAUUCUCAGCCACAGAGUCAGUCUCAGAAUACUUUGGCUGAUGCUUAUGCAAGAGCCUUGAAAAACGAUUACAAAAAUAACCAAUUUAAAAAAAUGUAG